AUGGCGCUGCCAACGCUUCAAUUCCUCGCGGGGCUCCUACUCCUCAUAUACUUGCUCUCCUUUGUCCUGUUCGCCUUCAUACGCAUUGCCACAGGGGUGUCGAUCCAGCGACUGGGGCUACGGGGCUUGCGACGCAUCGCAUUUACACCCAAGGAUGGUCUACGCAUCGAGAUCCGCGGCCUCGGCUUUACCCUGCACCGACCCACGUUUGCCCAACCCACGGUUGUCAGCAUCGUCUUGCAUGAGCUCAAGGUCACUGUCGACCUCAAGGCACUUGGCGAGAAGCCACGGAAGAAGACGGGAUGGGGCCACUGGGCGAAUGGCACAACACAAAAGAGCACGAGCGGCCAGAACACCCCGGUGCCCGCGGCUGACGACGAAGACACCAGCAACGACGAGACGCAGCGAAGUCUGACAUGGAAGCGGCUGACGGAUGCCAAGGACAAGAUCAAGCGUCUGCACAGAAAUAUCAAUUGGCUGCGCCAGGUAGACGUGGUUGCCCAUGCGACCACGCUGGUAGUCGUCGAUGUAGGAUCGGUACAAGUGGGCGGUCUCAACUUGGCCGUCGAUACUAGGCGCAAGACGGUGGACCGCAGCCGGCUGUUCAAUCACCACAAGCCGAAGCUCGACGAGGAGCAAUGCCCCGCCGAGUGGCUUUUCUCUGCCCGCAGCAUCUUCUUCACCCCCGAGGGCAGGGAGUCGACUGAGCUACUGGACCACUGCACCCUCAAUGUCCAUGGCUUCCUCAAGAAAGAGCUGGAAGGCCUCCGCGAUGCCUCCAUUGCUCUCAAGCUCGGCCGUCUCAGCAUUCCAUAUGAUGAUGUGAAGCUAUGCAUGGAAAGAGCCCAGAAAUGCCGCACAGCUGGCCCUCGAAAGAGGUCUCGUCCCAGCCAGAUAGACGUUACUCUUACCGAUGUCAUGGAGGAACUCGACGAUCCAAGCAGUCGUGAAGAAAAUCUCGUCCGCACUGUCUCUGAUUCACGUGAAUUCGCCAGUUCAAUCCUCCGCGGUAUACACGAGUUCCAGUUUGCGGUUGGUUUCUUUGGCUUGACCAAGCAAAUUGACACCGGCCACAAGUCGGAUCCUCCUGUAUUCCUCAACGUCUCCAUGAAGGAAGUCGGCAUGGACUUGCUUCGCCUAGAUCCUCGAAGUCCUGCACAUCUCAUGUACUUCUCGCCUGGUGACAUAGCUCACCAAGCUCUCCUUGCUGCCAUAUCCAUCUCUGUGGGUAUCGACAACAGUCACGGCCACCCUGAACGGCUCCUUUACAUUCCCAUGGCCACGACGACACUUAACACAACUCUUCCAUCCAAGACUAUUCAUUUCACAAACGACAAAGACACGGCCGAGCGAAACACCAACAUUUUGUUCGCCAAUUUGGUCGUUACCUCUCCUUCUCUGGACCUUGAUCCCAAGCAUCUGCCACUCCUCCUCGCCAUGCUGCACAAUCGCGAUCCUCAUCGCAAGCCGCUCAAUACUAGACACCGCAAGCGCUACCUGUUCCGCCGGUUACUCCCGAAAGCGAACAUCAAGAUCUCCGUCCACGAACCUGUCAUCCGUGUCACUUUACCUCCCAUGGAUCUCAACAAGCGUGAGUCGGAAGAAUUCGAUUUACUCAUAUCCUCCUCUUCCUCCUUGUCUCUCGAUAUGGAGUCAUCACAUGCUGCAGGGGGCGAAUUGCACUACGCCCUAAGCUCGACUUUCCGCAUGAAUUCGCAACAGCUCUACUACCAAACCGCCGCUAUUGAGAAGCAUGAUCUACUCUUGACAGACUAUCUUGAACUCAAAGUGCAAAUGAGCGCAUCUCCCGAUAUCGUUGUGGAAGUCUGGGGCACGGCACAGACCUUUUCUCUGUAUAUGGUCCGGCCCGAGAUCAGUGAGGGCUUGCGCCAAAUCGCAACGCAAAUGCAAAAGGAUGUCGCGCGACGAAAAAAUGCGAAAAAGAAGCAUGACCUGAACGCGCUGCGGAGGUUACCUGCUUGGAUGGCCUAUGUGCAUCUUCAAGGAUCCGAUUUCAAUGUGGAAGUCGCCGGGGUAGAUCCUACAGUAUCAAAGCACAGCCGUGGUAUCGCCCUGCAUCUGGAGUCUUGGACCGCCGAAUACAAGCGAAGCCGAGAAGAUGAGACUGAUCUCAAGCCUAUAAGACGGCGUGCCCCAAGUAGAACAAUCAAUCGGGAUGAACAUUUCUUGAGAUCACCCAUCGGUUCGCCAAAAUCACCUAACAGAUCCUCGGGCAACCCAACUGACGGCAGACGUCUUGCUGUACACUUUCAUGGAUUUGAAGGCAUCGUAAUUGAGGAUGAUAACCAAUCGGAACAAGAACCGACGCUGUCGCUCCCUCGCAUGGAGGUUGCCCUGCAAACGCUCUCCGACAAGCAAGGUCCAAUCUUUCACGUUCAUGCAUACUGUCAAAGCUUGUUCUUGCGGUACUCGCUGUAUCGCCACUUCGCGCUGUGUAUGGCCGUGCAAGUGCUGCAGCGGUCUUUUGAUUGGGGUGCGAGUAAAACGACCACGGAGCCGAAACCAAUGCAUUCUCCAUCAAAUCUAUCUGUACCAACGCUCGGCGAUGAUCUCAUUGAUCCCGUAAGCGGGAUCACCCGUGAAAUUGUGACAGUCGACAUCAAAGCUCAAUUUGUCCAGAUCAAAGCGGACAUGCCUUCGGACCCACCUCUUAUGCUCCAGAUAUAUGGAAUGGAAGCAGGCAAACAUCGAUGGACAAGUCCGUUUCUGAGGUCGCGUCUGGUACGAUUGCUCGCGGAGAGCCCGGCCAUCAAACGUGCCUGGAGCCGGAUUGUUAGUGUCAAGUCGUUACGAUUGGACUACCGGCAGUCGAAGCUGAGAUAUGGUCAUACCAUCACAGAUGAGAGAUCUUUCGAUAUUGCAACCGACGCAAUAAGGAUUGCUGUACCGCACCAGUUGGUCAUGCACAAAAUCUUCGACAAUGUCUCCAAUGUCACCAAGACUGUAAAGCAGAUACAUCACCGCUUCAAAACUGGAACCGACGAAUACGUUCUUGAGAAAGAAGCGGAGGGUCCAAAGCUCGUGCCCAAGAUCUCGCUGCGGAGCCGUGCCGUGCUUUUCGAACUCGAGGACAAUGCGUUUGAGUGGAAGCUCGGCACCAUAUACCGGAUUGGUCUCAUGGAGCAGAAACAGAGACUCGCGCGGGAGCAGGCAUUUGAGCUAAAAGUGAGAAAGCUGCAACAGCAGGACGAGCAGCGUGGCAAUUCACGUUACCGCGCAAGGUCCGCUCAUGACGUCCGAAGCCGCAACAAGUUGAAGAAGGAAAAGGAACUUCGAUUUCAUCGGCGUAGUAAAAGCGCCGACACAAGUGGGGACGAGAGUUCGCCAGAUCGAGGUCGUUCGGACCACCCUAUGCGAUACAACAAAGACGGCUUCAGUGGUCUUAGUGGGUCACAUCAGACGUCCAUUAAAGACGCGCGUGUGAAACUGAACCGUCUGAACGCGCAGACGUGGAAGAAACGCAUCGAUUUUGCGAUGAAAACUCAGACCCGCACAAUGAGUGACAUCCGCUCGACAUUCUGGGGCUUGGACGAGUUGCCGGACGAUAUCGAACAGCGAGAAACAAUUCUCGCCGUUUCGCAGCGACCAGCACUUAUGACGCUCGCCAUAAGCGACCUGGAAAUUGUCAUUGACAAGCCAUCUUUCCCCAUCUCGGAAUACCCGCGUUUCCUACACCUUGUUGGCAAAGGCAUGCCGUUUGAUACCCAAUAUUCACUCUUGAUACCCAUGCACGUCCAGAUACAAAUGGGAGAAGCAAAGAUCCAACUCCGAGAUUACCCACUUCCAUUGCUACACUUCCCGGCUAUCGGCAGCAUUCACUCAUCGCGCCUUCCAAGCGUAUUGGUGAAGACAGAUUUCGUGAUAGCAGAGGAGUUUCGGGAUUCUGAAUCCUCACGCGUGAGCCGGGUAGUCGUUGUGCCUCCUGAGAACACUGCGGAGGGGGAGCCCAUGGGCGGAUACGCGGUAGAUGUUCGUCGUACCGUGGCGCCUGUGAAGACAUACUCAGACAUGGCGAUCGAUAUCAACUCAGCAUACCCGACCAGGAUCACCUGGGGCACAUCGUAUCAACCAGCAAUCCAAGACAUGAUGCAAAUCAUUGAGAACUUUACCAAGCCGGCUGUAGACCCGUCCGAGCGUGUUGGAUUCUGGGACAAGAUCAGGCUGACAUUCCACUCUCGUAUCAACGUUUCGUGGAAGGGUGACGGUGACGUUCACUUGAUUCUUAAAGGUUCCCGCGACCCAUACAUGGUCACCGGCCAUGGUGCAGGUUUUGUCAUGUGCUGGCAGAACGAUGUGCAGCUCAGCCUCGCCGAGGAUGAAGACCCUAGAAACUUCAUGAUUGUCAGAAGCGGAAGCUACGUGCUCGCUAUACCAGACCUCAACCACUACGCACGCCAGGAAGCUCAAGAGGUCGAAAAUGUAGUUCGCCCAGACACUUCUUCGAGUGUCUCAAGUCACAGGCAACGCGCUGUCUUCAAGAAGACUGUUAUGAAGCUGAACGGCAACGUGAAGUGGGUUGCUGGUCUGGUCUUUGAGCGUAAUCUGGACGACGGCGAACGCUCUUUUGAUUUUAUACCGCAUUAUCAAGUCACUUUGAAGAAUCCCAAGUAUGCGAAAGCAUCCAACGGACAGGUGAGCAAUAAAAUGAACAUGUAUCAGGUUAUCGCUAACAGUAGCCAGGAGUACGAUGCUUUCCGAGGAUUCCGCAGUCACCACAUUCACAUGUCCAUUGCAAUUGCUGCGCCUCACGAACGGGAAUGGUCCCUCGCUAAUCUGGAGCCAUCGAAGACAUACAAUAGCGUCCACUUGACGCCGCGGUUCUUCACCCACUUCUUCAGCUGGUGGUCCAUGUUCUCCGGUGCCAUGUCGCUGCCUGUACGCCAAGGCAAGUUGUGGCCUGGAGUCGAGAAGUCCAGUAAGAAGUUCGGGCGGCACCUCGCAACCAUCAAGUACAAUCUGUUGCUCUCACCCCUCUACAUGAGUCACAUUUACAAACACAAAGAUGCUGAAGACUACGGAACGGGCGUGGUAUCCGCUACUGGACUAAAAGCGCGUCUUGACAGUCUCAUGUUUGAUCUUCACCAGCGUCGCGAAGAGUUCCGGACCCUAGUGCAAGCUCCAGAAGGCCAGCAAAACAGCAGGCAAAACAAGACAACUGGUAUGCGAAUCAACCAAGUACAGCUGGACCUCAUUCGCACAGACAUCCGUGCUGUAUCUGCUAGUCUCAUGGGCACUGGUUCCGACGAGGUCGACAAUGCCACCAUGGAGGACCUUACCUCUUAUAAUCAGGAGUACCUCACUGCGGACUUAUCAAAGUUCACUAUACCCGAUAACGACUUGGGAUGGGUGGACAUGGACGACUUCAUCGAGCUUGGCUGGAUAUUGCCAUCACGUCGUCAUCCCGAAACCCAGAUUCUUCCGCUUGCUUUUGCACCGCGUUUUACAUAUUUCCGCCAGACCGACCAUUGCGACAACAUUUCAGGAGACAAACAUCGGAAAAGCGCCUUUGGCAACGAGCCGACCCAUCAUUGCGUCAUCUCAGCACGGAAUGAUCCACGACGAGUGCAAUGCCAUCUGAUUGAACAACGUCUGGAGCGUGUCAAGGAGCAGGUAGCUCAUAAUCAACGCGCCAUUGAUCAACAGGAGCUUAAAGUGGUUCGCGAAACGUCCGAAGGGCACGAAGAAUCACAGCGUCGCCUUGAAACAUUGAGGAAUCAUACGAGUUUCCUGCAACGAAAACUAGAGUUCUUGUCUGCGAUGCACGCUAGUUUGUUGGAACGACUGGAGAGUACUUCUUCAGGCCGUGCAGUCCCCGAACCUGAGACAGACGGAGAAGACGAAUACUUUGAGGCAGACGAAGAUCAGGAUUUAGAAAAUCCGGAUGGGAAGGAUCCGAACACAGUUCCCAGCCCCACUACAGACCUCACCAACGAGUUUAACAACCGUUUUAUCAUCCACAACAUUCACCUAAAAUGGGGCAAUUCGCUCCGAAACAUAAUUCUUCGCUACAUCCACCAAGUCAGUCAGCGCCGAGGUUUUGUCUACUACAUGUCAAGAAGGGCAGUCAAAUUCAUACUCGACGUUGUUGAAGAACAAAACAAGUCUCGCAGACCAUCUACGGCUGGCCCUGAUGAUACCCCCAUGGCAAGAGAUGAAGAAGUAGGAAUGAGCAUUGAUGAAACAAUUGAGCAGAUACUCCGCGAUGGCAGGAACUUCGUCAAUGCCGAUGAAGAGGAUGCCAAGAGCAACGCUCAGGCUGAACCAUCUGAUGAUACAGGCGAUCCAUCACAACCCACUCCCACUAAAGCGGAAGAGGAAGUGGCAGACGACUACGUCUCUCAGAACUCCUACCUUGUGCGUCUUAUAGCACCGCAGAUCCAGUUACAGAGCGAAAAGGACACGAAAUCUGCGGUACUUGUCACCGCCAAAGGCAUGCAGCUCAAGGUUCUUUCAAUCAUGGACAAAGACCGGGUCAUGGACGAGGUCUCUGGUCUGGUUCAACGCAGGUUCAUCGCUCUCAUGGAUAGCUUGCAGAUCUUUGUUACGAACUCCAAGACUUUCAGCAGUACAGACGAUAUCCAUAUGUACUCUGGAAGCAGCUAUGGGUCGCACCCUGGCACUGCAUGGCCACCCUGGGUACCGUUUGAAGUCAUGUUUGAGUUUCAUACCAAUCCUUUCGGUUUCCAGCGUGUGGUGCAGCGGACUUCGGCAAGUAUGCGAUACGACAAAUACAACGCCCUGCGACUAAAGUACAACGACGAUGUAUCGACCGCAGACAAUGCAACCUCCAACGACAACAAGGAAAGCAGAAUCGAUCAUCUCUGGGUCGACUUCCCGCACGUUCGAGCUCUAUGUGACUCACGCCAAUACUACGCCAUGUACGUCAUCGUACUAGACUUGUUGCUCUAUCAUGAACCUUUGGAGAAGACACGUAACGAGCGGCUUGAAAAGAUCAUGCUUGCUUCAGACUUUACUGAUCUCGCCGGGGCUCCCAAGUUGGUCAUGGGUCUUCAAGAGCGCAUUCAGCAGCUUGAGGAAAUCAAGACCGUCUUCCAGGUUAACGAGAAGUAUCUGGACAAGCAGGGAUGGGAAGAUCGCAUCGAGGUCGAGAAAGACCUGGCGGUAUAUGAAGACGAGCUUUUCUUCGUCAUGAAAGCCAUUACCACGGCACAACGCAAGCAAGACGACCGUGCGCAAGCGAAAGAGUCCACCGGUCUUUUGAGGAUAUUCGUUUCUGCCUCGGAUAUUGUGUGGCAUCUACUCCGAGAAGGUGCAGAGUCAUUAGCAGAGUUCCAGUUGAAGAACGUCACAUUUGACCGAACCGACAACAACGACGGCUCCAACUCUAAUGCUAUGGAGAUUGAGCAGGUUCGGGGCCUGAACCUCCUUCCCAAUGCGCUCUAUCCCGAGAUGAUUUCGCCCUUUUUGGAGAAGGAUCAGACACUUCCCGAGAAUGCCAAAUGCCUCAAAGUCUACUUUGUGGCACUCGAAUCGAUUGCUGGUAUACCAGUUGUGGAACACUUUGAGGUUGAGCUGUAUCCUCUCAAGGUGCAAUUGGAGUAUCAGAUUGGCAAAAAGCUGCUCCAAUACAUUUUCCCCACGUAUGGCGACAGCAAGGCUGCGAACGCCUCACCUUUCCUACUCAAACAUAGCCUGCCUGACGAAGAGGGAGAGGAUGCGGAUGAUUUCAUUAUGGCUUCUCGGUCGGCAACCAGUAUGAACAGCUCAAUGUCAACAGACGAUGGUGCAACGGAAGCGCUCAAGCAACGACUUACGCCGACGCUGCAGUUGCCUGAUCCGGCACAGAAGACCGAAAAGAGAAAGGGUCUGACGAAGAGACCAAGCGCCCACUAUUUCCGUUUCUUCCGAGACAACCCAUCGAGAAGCGGAACCGAACUUCGCCGGACCCUUCAUCCAAGCUCCGCAUUGGCGGGCCCCAACGGACCCAGCAGCUCGACGCAGUCCUCUAGGCCAGGCUCUAUUCGAUCUACCACAACCACUUCAAGCCAAACUGUGAACGAAUCUGAACGGACUGCCAAGCGCUUCGCCCUUUACCGUACAGGUACUGGCUUGACGGCGAAGGGUCCGAGCAAGAAGGAAGCUAGAAGCGAUGACUUGACUGAGAUGAUGAGUCGUGCGAGCGAGUACAUGACUGUUGCUUACUUCAAGGUGCCUUCCAUGGUUCUUUGCCUCUCGUACAAAGGCAAGAGCUCGCGCAACUUUGAAGACGUUCACGACCUGGUCUUCCGCAUGCCAACUAUAGAGUAUCGCAACAAGACAUGGUCCAAUUUGGAUCUCGUCAAUCAACUCAAGAAGGACGUUCUCAGAGCUCUCCUCUCACAUGCUGGUACCAUUGUCGGAAACAAGAUCUCCAACCAUCGCCCUUCAGCGAAAGCACAGUCUCGCCUUCGUCAACUUGCAAACAGCAGUGCCAUGCUCAACACCUCCCCCGACCUUUCAGGCACAGAUUCAACCAGCCAGCGCGAACACUCGCCAGGCGGAGCAUCUGAUAUCUCAGGCGAGGACCGCCCGCCGCGCCGUUCAUUCACAUCCGGUCGCCAACCCAGCGUCAUAAGCACCGUCUCAGAAGAAGGAUCAUCUUUCCAAUCCUCAAAACCGCCUUCUACAUACGACCGCGCUCGCUCUACCCACGGCUCCAUCAUGGGCGGCUUCAACAGCCACAGCCACAGCGGCCUGGGUGUCGACGACGUAGAAGACGGUCGAGCUUUCGCAGACGAAUUGAGCAGAGUAGACAACACAGAACCCGUACAUGCAAACCUCAUCCACAGCUUGAGCAAGCACUUGACCGGCGUCAGCGCCCCUUUCUCAGGCCAUAUCAGAGGCCGCGCUGGCAGUGGUGGAGCGGCUAGUACGCGCGCUGCUAGCGUCGCCACGGGCAUCAGCGGGUUGAGCGGACGCGAAGGAAGCGUCAUGGAUGAGGAAGGCGCCGGCGUCGGCGCCGGUGAUGGGUCGGGUGAUGGACCUAAGAUGCAAAAGGCGAAGAUGCUAGGCAAGAAGCUGUUGGGUCGCGGCGGUACUUAG